AUGUUUGUGAUUUCAAACUUUACGACUAUCGCGGUGGUCUCUCUCGUGUGGACCAAGACGCGGCGCAGCAUCGUGCUGCUCAGCGACGGCGGCCUCGACAAGGCGCACAAGCGGCACACUGAAGGGGGCGCGAUGAUACCCAUGAUACCCACCCACACUGCCUUCCGGCUCGCCCUUCCGGCUCAACGCUCACCCACGCUGACCUGUCUCGCUGUCCAGCUCGACGCGUGGAGCCUCGAGUACGACAAGGUCGUCUCCUUGGACACGGACAUCGUGCGGCGCAACAUCGACCACCUCUUCAGCGUCUCCACGCCGGCCGCGGCACUAGACUCAAAAUGGGGGUUCAACGCUUUAAGGCGCACCGCGGCGACGCGCGGCGGCCGCACCGCCGACGGGAUGCUGGUGCUCACGCCGAGCCGCGACGUAUACGAGGCGAUGCGCCGCGCGGCGGCCUUUACGCGCUCUUACGACAGCGGGGACCAGGGCUUCCUCGCCGCCUUCUUCGCCUCCCGCAACGUGGCCUGGUACGAGCUGCCGCGCCGGUACCACCUCGGCUGGUGCGUCCAGCCCGACGAGGUGCAGGAGGCGUACAUCUGGCACCCCUUCCCGCGGCGGAUCCACGCGCUCGAGGAUGAGGUCGAAAAGAGGGUAAAAUUUCCCUUUGGUUUCGAGUUCUAUGGCAACGUGAAUUCCUUCUUUUUGUGA